CAAAUCGCUCCCGAGAGAACACGCUUGAGAUAGGGAUGGUGGCGGGAGCGGGGUUAUCUUCUUCUUCCUUCCACCUUCUCCACCUCCGGCCUUCUUCUGCCUUCCGUAGCUUGAACCCACUGCUACCUCCAAAGCCUCCUCUUAUCCCGUCGUCUUCUUCGCGGGCAGCCGUCAGGGCUCAUUCUUUUGCGGGGAAUUUCGAGUGGCACGGCUCCGCCGCCCGCGCCAAACGGGGCUCUGAUGGAUUCUGGGAGGAUCCGGAUGAUGGAUAUGACAGCGAGUUGGAAGAGGUGGAUCAAGAACUUGAGGAUGAGGAAGGGGAGGAAGUCAGUGGUGAUCAGGGAGACGCUACGAUUUCCACUGUGUCCCAAUAUGACGAUCUCGUCAAAGAAGUUGACCUGAUAUUAGAGCCAGAAGAGAAGGUUUUUUUGCAACGGAACGAAGUCCCAGACCUUAGCAAAAUAUCAACUAUGAAGUGGAACCCAUUUCAUAGUCUAGCAUUGUCAGGUCAGAUUCCCUUCAUGGAUAAACUACUUGAGGAUGGUAGUACAGAUAUUGAUUGUCUUGACAAGGAUGGCUUCACAGCUCUUCAUAAAGCUAUUAUUGGCAAAAAGGAGGCUGUUAUCAGUCAUCUCCUAAGGAGAGGUGCAAAUCCUCAAGUGAAAGAUCCGGAUGGUGCUACGCCACUCCAUUAUGCGGUUCAAGUUGGUGCAAUGCAAACUGUGAAGUUGCUAAUAAAAUAUAAAGUUGAUGUGAAUGUUGCAGAUAAUGAUGGUUGGACACCAUUACAUGUGGCAAUACAAACUAGAUCUAGAGAUAUAGCAAAGGUAUUGCUGGUAAAUGGUGCUGAUAAGACAAGAAGAAACAAGGAUGGAAAGACACCUUUGGAUCUAAGCUUAUGCUUUGGGAAAGAUUUCAAGUCCUAUGAGCUUGCAAAGCUUCUUAAGCUUGUUCCGGCAAACAGGAAUUUCUGAUGCAUUCUGUUGGUGCAUUUAUUAAUUUUGGAAAGGGGAUUACAGUAGAUCUACUGGAUUCACUUUAGCAUCCUUCAAUUUAGUUCUUCAGCGCAGAUAUCCAACUCAUUGGGAUACCAUGUUGCAGAGAUUGAUGGAGCUGGUGGAGAGUUGAGUUCGUGCUAAUGCACCAAUAUUCACCUUCGGUAUCCUUUUUAUGCUAGCAGGAAUCGAGACACUUGAUGACAAUUUUGUGAAGCUAUUUGAAAUUUGGUGUAAAUGCUAAUUUGAUCAAAGUUCACAUUUAGUAUGUACCUGCAGAUUGUGUUGUGUUGUAUGUUGGAGUUGAAUUAUGGUAUGCAACCAAUUUAGUGGAAUAAUUCCAUGCCUC